CGGAAAGGAAUCGGAAAAAGAAAAAUAUAAUUGCACCUUCCUCCUUUUUCUCUGUUGAGAAAUUGUCAUCACACAUUCUUAUAUAGAAAUUAUCUCUGCUCAGUUGACCAGAAUAAAAACUGCAAGGCCAGGCAUCAAGACUGACCCAAAGGCACCAAAACCGAAGUAGCAUCACGUUUCACUUUUUCACUUGGCUCAGUUGCAAAGGUCGGUUGCUGGGAAUCGAAAACGACGUGCUGCAAUGUAAUCACAGGAAACCUUCCCAACGCCUUGGUGGAGAUUGGAAAAGCGUGUUUUUCCACCUCCUGUCGCUAGAUGGCGGUCAGGCAACAUCUGUGCCUAGAAAGCCAUCAACACUGCAUUGCUAGAUAGGAUGGGAAGAGAGGAGAAGCGCAGAGGAACUUCCUCUUCCGGAUGGCUGAUGGGAGGAAGUUGGUGUGCAGAGCGGCUUUUGUGCUGUUUCCAUGGUGGAAGCAGCAGCUGGCAGACAAAGAAGAUGGCAAUGAGCACUCUGGACAACUGAGGAUAACAACAACCAGUAAUUCAAAGCAGCACUAAAGAUAUUAUCCAUAUUUUUGACCACCUCAAGAAUAUUAGUUGUGGAAAAGCUCCAUAGACGUUUCUGUUCUGGGAAAGAUACAACUUGCAAAUCACAGCUGAUUAUGCCAGAGGGGACCCAUACUGGUGAAAAAACGUACAAAUACUCUGUAUGUGGCAAAAGUUUUGGUCACAACUUGAUUUUCUUUCAUGGAAGGACCCACACAAGAGAGAAGCCGUACAAAUGUUCCCAAUGCGGUAAAUGCUUUAGCAAGCAUGGUAACAUGGACUCACACCAAGGAGAAACCCUUUGAAUGUCCUGAUUGUGGGAAAUUUUUCAGUCAGAAUUCCAGCCUGAUUCAACACCAGAGGCCUCACACAGGAGAGAAACCCUUUGAAUGUCCUGACUGUGGGAAAAGUUUCAGUGAAAAUUCCAGCCUGAUUAAACACCAGAGGAUUCACACAGGAGAGAAACCCUUUGAAUGUCCUGAUUGUCGGAAAAGUUUCAGUCAGAAUUCCAGCCUGGUUCAACACCAGAGGACUCACACAGGAGAGAAACCAUUUGAAUGUCCUGACUGUGGGAAAAGUUUCAGUCAAAAUUCCAACCUGAUUGGCCACCAGAGGACCCACACAGGAGAGAAACCCUUUGAAUGUCCUGACUGUGAGAAAAGUUUCAGUCAAAAUUCCAGCCUGGUUAAACACCAGAGGAUUCACACAGGAGAGAAACCCUUUGAAUGUCCUGACUGUGGGAAAAGUUUCAGUCAGAAUUCCAGCCUGGUUCAACACCAGAGGAUUCACACAGGAGUGAAACCUUUUGAAUGUCCUGACUGUGGGAAAAGUUUCAGUCGGAAUUCCAACCUCAUUGGCCACCAGAGGACUCACACAGGAGAGAAACCCUUUGAAUGUCCUGACUGUGGGAAAUGUUUCAGUCAGAAUUCCAGCCUGGUUCAACACCAAAGGAUUCACACAGGAGUGAAACCCUUUGAAUGUCCUGAUUGUGGGAAAAGUUUCCGUCAGAUUUCCAGCCUGGUUAAACACCAGAGGACUCAUACAGAAGAGAAACCCUUUGAAUGUCCUGAUUGUGGGAAAAGUUUCAGUCGGAAUUCCAGCCUGGUUAAACACCAGAGGAUUCACACAGGAGUGAAACCCUUUGAAUGUCCUGACUGUGGGAAAAGUUUCAGUCGGAAUUCCAACCUCAUUGGCCACCAGAGGACUCACACCGGAGAGAAACCCUUUGAAUGUCCUGACUGUGGGAAAAGUUUCAGUCAAUAUUUCAACCUCAUUGGCCACCAGAGGAUUCACACAGGAGAGAAACCCUUUGAAUGUCCUGACUGUGGGAAAAGUUUCAGUCAGAAUUCCAGCCUGGUUCAACACCAAAGGAUUCACACAGGAGAGAAACCCUUUAAAUGUCCUCAUUGUGGGAAAUGUUUCAGUGAUAAUUCCAGCGUGCUUAAACACCAGAGAACUCACACAGGAGAGAAACCAUAUGAGUGUCCAGACUGUGGGAAAUGUUUCAGUGAAAAUUCUAACUUGGUUAGACACCAGAGAACUCACACAGGAGAGAAACCAUAUGAGUGUCCAGACUGUGGGAAAGAUUUCAGUACUAAGGAUAGCCUUCUAAAUCAUACACACAGGGGAAAAACCAUUUAAGUGCCCCGAGUGUGCAUGAUGCUUCAGGAAACCUUCCAACCUUAUCGUACACAAGAAAAUCCACAUGAGGCCCAAUGUGAUGAGUGUAGUAAGGGUUUGAAAUUCAUUUCUAAUGUCACAUUGUAAGUCCAGCUGAGAAAUUGACUAUUUAAUUUGACUACAAAGAAUUUGCCUGA